UCACAAGCUCUUACUGCUCCCCUGGGAAACCCAUGAGUUUCCACUUGGUAAUCUCCACAAGUAACACAAGAUUUCCAUGCAACGCGAGUCAGUAUGAAUCUAGAAGACGAAGCAGAUUCCAUAUUCCAUGUAGCAGAAAGGUCCAAUUGCUACGUGCCAUUCCACGUACCCAGCAUUCCUACUGCUCUACCAAACCCCAUUAACGUGUUUCCUGCGGAGGUUUCUUUCGGGCAACAGAGAGAAGAAAGCUUUGUGAAGAAGAGCGGCCCAACGGUCGCCCGUGUCCGUCCCGGCAGUGACGAACCGUCCGAUCUCCAGAUCGGUGGGGGUGUUUUGGUCAUUUUGACCACAAGAGUGGCAUCGAGAGAGCUAUUUAAAGGGCUCCUCCGGAGAGAGCGGGAGGAUUGCUUUCUUCUCUGUUGCCGAUUUGUUGCCACUGGAUUCUUGGAAAUAUGGAAUCUGUUGACAACAUUGUGGUGGAAGAUGAUAGAAAUCAUGAAGAUGGGCUAAGACAGGACAAACCAAAUAUAAAACAGACGAGUGAACUGUAUUCAUUCAAAAGGAAGCAAUCUUUGCAAGCUCGAUAUGUUUAUGGAUUUAUUUUCUUCAUAACAAACUUACUGGCUUGGUUUCUUCGUGACUAUGGGCACAAGGUUCUUCAUAGUUUUCUUCCUGAAAGGGCAUGUGGAGUUGAGGGAAAUAACUGUGUUCAUGCUGGAGGAGUUCUUCGAGUGAGCUUAGGGUGUUUCACAUUUUUCUCACUCAUGUGUGUCACCAGUUUUAGAGUUCACAAGCUGCAAGAAGCUCGCAAUUCAUGGCAUUCUGGGUGGUGGUCUCUGAAGUGCAUGGUUUAUCUUUUAUCAACAGGGUUUCCGUUCAUCAUCCCUUCAAAUAUUAUCCAAAUAUAUGGUGAAGUUGCACGUGUUGGUGCUGGGGUCUUUCUUCUUCUCCAACUUAUAAGUAUGAUCCGCUUCCUUAAAUGGUGCGACAACCAGUGGAUGGCAGAUUUGGAAACAAACAAAUGUGCCUUGCUUGGAUUGUUCUUGUCCACCAUUUUCUACAUUGCUUCUUUCUUUGGGAUUAUUCUGAUGUACUAUUUAUAUGCACUGGAGUCAACUUGUGUCAUCAACAUAUUCUUCAUCACAUGGACAGCAAUAUUGGUUAAAGUUAUGAUGAUAGUAUCUCUACAUUCUAAGGUUAAUGUGGGACUUUUAUCUUCUGCAAUCAUGGGUUCAUACAUUGUUUUCCUUUGCUGGUCUGCUAUUCAAAGUGAACCUCAUACCCAGAAAUGCAACAGUCAAAAGAAAAUGGCCGACAGAGAUGACAUGACUACUAUACUAAGCUUCUUUAUUGCUAUUUGUGCGAUUGUAAUGGCAACAUUUUCAACUGGAAUCGAUUCACAAUCUUUUCAGUUCCGCAAGGAUGAGGUUCCAUCUGAAGAUGAUAUACCUUACAAGUAUGAGAUAUUCCAUUUCAUAUUUUCGAUGGGAUCAAUGUAUUUUGCGAUGUUAUUCAUUAACUGGGAACUAAAACAUCCAACCAGAAAGUGGAGCAUAGAUGUUGGUUGGGUUAGCACAUGGGUUAAAAUUAUCAAUGAAUGGCUUGCUGCCAGCAUAUAUUUGUGGAAAUUGAUCUACCCUGUUAUAGUGAGGGACAUGGCCAUAUGCUGUAAUGAAUCUGCACAGCAUACUGAUGUGUCAGUAUGAUGUCUCUGCAAUGUGUCCUGCUCUUCCGGAGUGUCUCUCAAGUUGACAACCAUAAUCACAGCGCCUCGUAUGUUUCGAUUUUUCCUUCAGACUGACAAUUGUGUA